GGGGGGGGCAUUGCAUUGCUUCACUUAUCUUUUGAGUUGUGGAAUAGCUACUUUAAUCAGUAUCACAAGGGCUCCAGAGAUCUAACAAUUGCCACAGUAGAAAUUAUAAAAUAAUCUUAUCUGUAGGAAUAAUCAUCUGACUGUAGAUGAUCCCUGUAGAAUUAUUAGAGAAAGUUGAAAGUAUAGCUUCUGACAUUCUUAUUUCACACAUUGGAGCUGGGAAGUAGAUAAUUGCAUUUCAUUUGGUGUAAAUUAAAAAGCAAUGCUCAAGUAGUGUGUAUAAUUAUCAAACAUCAAUUUUUGUGGUAUAUAUUGUUGAUAAAUUAAUAUUUUUGCAUGAUUGCCUAAUGAGUGAAUUCCACUGUAGUAAAUAGCCUACUGGUUAGAUAUUUUUGUGAGGCAAUCUAUGAAAUUUUUUUAUGAGCCCCAUAAAGUUUUUCACCUGAAUGAACACAUUGCAGUUUUCCUUCUUAGUCUUAUUUUAUUAUGUGGAAGCACACAGUUUCACAGAUGCUAUUUCUAUCUCUGCACUGCUCUCUAGCAAAGAUUGCCAAUAUGCACCACUAGGAUGAAACACUUAGAUUACAAUCAUUGAUUGGCAACAGAAAUUAUUUGUGCUACUGUCAUGUCAGUUGCUGAUUUCUUUCACUUGAGUUAUGUUUAUGUACCACGUACUACAGUUAUUUUGUGGGUUACAUUAUUAGCUGUCAGAAACUGUUCUCAAUAGGCUGCAGGCAUAGAAGAUGGAAACCAGAUGUUAUCAAUUAACAUACUUUGUAUGUAACUAUCCAUUUUGAUCCUUACCUACAUUAAUACCACAUUGGGCAUGCACUGUUAGAGGCAACUAAUCUCUCCAUUUCCACAUAAAGGUAGGAUGCGAGUUGUGUACUAUUAAGAAAAAGGAUAUUGAUGUUUCUUCAAGAAGAGUGAGUUGUGCUGUGAAAAUGUGUUUUGUAGCUAAUUUUUACUAGUAUGGUGCGCAGCAGUUCGUUUCAACAGUCUCUCAGUUUUUAGUAUAAAUAACAUAAAAGUCAAUAAUUUGGUAUUUGUUGGCUGAAUUUAAUGAAAAUGUCUAGUAUUGAUGAAGCAUGAAAUGUGAAGGGAUGACAGAUAACUACUCAUAUAACAAUAGUUGACAUAAUACACAGUACAGAAUGUGUAUCUUUUUGUAAUUAUUUUUCAAAAUAAAUGUCAUCUAUCUGAUGAAUGGUACCUGUUAUCCUUCCUUAUUUAAUGUUUUUCUCCGUUUAGAAUAACGAAGGUUGUUGUAGUUUGCUAUUAUUGUGAUGUAAAAUGAAUAUCAGUUGGUAACUAACAUAGUACAAAUCGUACUGAUUGACAGCGAUGUAUCUUUGGAAGAAAAUUGUUUUGUUUUUCUCUAUGGCUCUACUAUAACUCUACUGAGUUAGGAUGUCAAUGAUUGUGUAUUCAUGAAAGAGUGAAGUCUUGUUCCUCGGAGGAGUUUAAAUUGCUGGUCAGUUCUGUAAUAUUGUUUCCAUUCUUUUGUAUUAAUGCAGAGUAUGGAUGAAGGUGAGUUUAAAUUUAAAAAAAAAAUCUACUGAUUUAAAUGAAUAUUGAAGGUGUUGAAAGUCCAUGGUUACGAUUGGAAAAUGGUGUGUACAAGCCUUUGAAAUUACCAAUUCAAGACAAGUGUUUGAUUAGACAUGAACCAACAUUGUAAGUCUUAUAAAGUGAUGCUGGAGACAUAAUCAUCAAAAAUCUGUUAGUAACAAUAUGUGGAUGAUGCUUCCAGAAUUUAUUGCUGUUACAACUGCAAAAAUGUAAUGAUUGGCCCAGUAAUGAGUGAAAUCUACAGCUCAGUGUGGAACCAGAGUGGCAGUGGUCUUCUCUUGCAUGCUUUAUAGUAGCAAGGAGUGGCUGUUAUCUCAGAUGAUUAAUACUUUUGACGAUGUGAAAUUUGAAGCUGCAAGUGUGUUAGCAGAGUUAUAUGAACAAUUACAACAAUCAAAUUUAUCAAAACCCAUCCUUAGGAAAGCCAUAGAGCUAUCGCAGCAUAGUGUUUACUGGCACUGUAGACUGAUAUUUCAACUAGCGCAAAUUCAUGCAAGCGAACGUGACUAUGAGGUGGCAAGCAGCCUUUUGGGAGUCGGCGUGGAUUACGCUCAUAUAUCAUCGGCAGCAUAUACGAGAGUACUGUUUCUCUUAAGUAGAGGAAUGCUGCUGUUGAUUGACAAGAAGUUUAAUGAGGUAAAUCCGUUGCUCAAUCAAGCUGGUCAUCUGGUGGAUCAGUGGCAGGGGAGUCAACAUCAAAAGGAGUACUUAAAAGUCUUCUUUUUAGUGUUGCAGGUUUGUCAUUACUUGAUGGCUGGGCAAGUGAAGAGUGUUAAACCGUGCUUAAAGCAAUUGCAGCAGAGCAUACAGACAAUCAUGCAACCUAGUUGGCCAUCUGAUGAAGUGGUCAGUGGUCCAAAUGUUGGUGAUAUGUUUAUUUGGAUGCCGAAAGAGCACUUGUAUGUGUUGGUCUACUUAGUCACUGUAAUGCACAGUAUGCAGGCGGGCUACAUGGACAAGGCACAGAAAUAUACAGACAAGGCUCUGAUGCAGAUUGAAAAACUUAAGAUCGUAGACAACAAACCGAUCCUCUCAGUCUUCCAGAUAAUGCUGUUGGAGCACAUUGCGAUGUGCCGACUGGUGAUGGGAAACAAGUGUCUAGCUUUGCAAGAAAUUGCACAGGCGUGUAUGCUCUGCCAGCAGCAACCACGGCUGCUGCAGACCCACAGCUCACAGAUGCAUACGUUGCUUGGCCUUUAUUCAAUGAGCAUGAACUGUUUGGAACAGGCUGAGGAUCAGUUUAUGGCUGCACUCAAGGUUAAGUCUGGGACCAACAGCAGUAGUGAUUCUGCAACACCGCCUCAGACAUCUCAGGACCGUGAGCUAUGGACUUUCGCGAAUUUAAACUUGGCUAUAGUAUAUCUGCGAGCGAAACGAGAAAAGGAGCUUACUGCUCUGUUGGAACGAAUAAAUCCAGAGAACUUACCAACACAUUCCCACAGCCUUCGAGCAGCAGCCUAUUAUGUGCAGGGUCUUCAGUCCUUCUUCCAGGCCAGGUACAACGAGGCAAAGAGAUAUCUCCGUGAGACACUGAAGAUGGCAAAUGCUGAAGAUUUGAAUCGUUUAACAUCAUGUUCAUUAGUUUUGUUGGGCCACAUAUUUCUUUCUUUGGGAAAUAGUCGUGAAAGUAUGAAUAUGGUUACCCCUGCCAUGCAGCUAGCGAGCAAGAUACCGGAUGUCCAUGUUCAGCUCUGGGCUUCAGCUAUCCUGAGAGAUCUGUACAGGCUUUGUGGUGAUCCUGUAAGGGAGAAUGAAGCAUUCCAGAUGCAUUGUAAUUACUCACAGAUGCUUCUGAAGGACCAUUUCCAGUCAUCGCAAUUGCCAGAACAUGUUUUAAUAACGUGGAAAGAGGGAAAUGUUCCUGUGAUUACAGGUAACCCAGCUAGUACAUCAAGUUCGUUACUAGUAUGAAGGUGACAACUAGUUCCAACACUGGUGAUGUGUUGCCUUCAAGACAGUUUGGUUACACCCCAGGAAACCAGAAGAAGAUUUAAUAUCGACUGUUGCCACUGCGAGAAAAAGACGUGUACAGUAACUUCUUGUGUGUACAGUGCAAUCAUAAUGGUUACGGGUGUGUGUGAAUAACAUUGCAAGCAGAUUCCAGAUAACACAAAUAAAAUUAUAGAGACUGCACAGAGAGGCUUUAUCAAGGGAAUCUCCAUUGUAUUACUGACUGAAGCAUCACAGGAAGUUGAUUAUAUGUGCUGUUGUUGAUAUUUAUAUCUUUCUUCACUUACUGCAUAACGCUUAUUCCUGCCAAGGACAAUGUGAGCAGUAUUAUUAAUUCAUGUUUAAAAUGUGAUCUGUUAAGAAGUACCAUGACAUCUCAGUUUCAGAUUCUUAAAUGUCAGCAUCAUAUCUGUAAUUUCAAAACAUCGAGCCUGCACUGUUGUGUGGCUGUAUACAAAGUGGCCUUAAUUUUUUUAAAGAAAUGAACUAUGCUAGAUAUAAGAACUGACUGGUAUGGUUUGUGUAAAUAUUUCCUAUUUAUAUAAAAAGAUCGGUUAAAGAA